CGGGCAAGCCGCGCGGCGCCAUUGUCGCGGUGGCGGGUGUCUGGGGGAAGCUUAUAACAUUGCUCUGGAGGGAGUUCCUGGGGUCUGGUGCGCCCUGAUCAGUUAUUCUGAUCUGAAGAUUUUGGCGUUUAAGGCAUUAAGAUAAUAGCCUGAAUUGUUCAUGGAGUUUUUCAUCAGUAUGUCUGAAACCAUUAAGUAUAAUGACGAUGAUCAUAAAACUCUGUUUCUGAAAACGCUAAAUGAACAAUGCCUGGAGGGAGAAUUUUGCGAUAUUGCUAUUGUGGUUGAAGAUGUAAAAUUCAGAGCACACAGAUGUGUUCUUGUCGUCUGCAGCACCUACUUUAAAAAGCUUUUCAAGAAGCUCGAGGUAGAUAGUUCUUCAGUAAUAGAGAUAGAUUUUCUCCGUUCUGAUAUAUUUGAAGAGGUCCUGAACUACAUGUACACGGCGAAAAUUUCUGUGAAGAAGGAAGAUGUUAACUUAAUGAUGUCUUCUGGCCAGAUUCUUGGCAUCCGAUUUUUGGAUAAACUCUGUUCUCAGAAGCGUGACGUGUCCAGUCCCGAUGAAAGUAACGGUCAGUCCAAAAGUAAGUAUUGCCUCAAAAUCAAUCGCCCCAUUGGGGAUGCCACGGACACUCAAGAUGAUGAUGUAGAAGAAAUUGGGGAUCAGGAUGACAGCCUUUCUGAUGACACAGUAGAGGGCACUCCCCCGAGUCAGGAAGACGGCAAGUCACCCACGACCAUGCUCAGGGUUCAGGAGGCGAUUCUGAAGGAGCUCGGGAGUGAAGAGGUGCGGAAAGUCAAUUGCUACGGCCAGGAGGUAGAGUCCAUGGAGACCCCAGAGUCCAAAGAUUUGGGGUCGCAGACCCCUCAAGCCUUAACGUUUAACGAUGGCAUGAGUGAGGUCAAAGAUGAACAGACCCCGGGCUGGACCACGGCCACCAGUGACAUGAAGUUCGAGUACCUGCUGUACGGCCACCACCGGGAGCAGAUCGUUUGCCAGGCCUGCGGGAAGACCUUCUCUGACGAGGGCCGCCUGCGGAAGCACGAGAAGCUGCAUACGGCGGACCGGCCGUUUGUGUGCGAGAUGUGCACCAAGGGCUUCACCACGCAGGCCCACCUGAAGGAGCACCUCAAGAUCCACACGGGCUACAAACCCUACAGCUGCGAGGUGUGCGGCAAAUCGUUCAUCCGCGCCCCAGACCUGAAGAAGCACGAGAGGGUGCACAGCAAUGAGCGGCCCUUCGCAUGCCACAUGUGUGACAAAGCCUUCAAGCACAAGUCCCACCUCAAGGACCACGAAAGGAGGCACCGAGGGGAGAAGCCCUUUGUGUGUGGCUCCUGCACCAAGGCGUUCGCCAAGGCCUCGGAUCUGAAGCGGCACGAGAACAACAUGCACAGUGAGAGGAAACAGGUCACCCCCAGCGCCAUGCAGAGUGAGACGGAGCAGCUGCAGGCGGCGGCCAUGGCCGCAGAGGCCGAGCAGCAGCUGGAAACCAUUGCCUGCAGCUAGGGGACCACGGGCCCAGAGCAGAGACUGAGCCGAGGGCUGCUGGUGCUGCUUUUGUGGAAACGUGCAGCGUGGGAAGCAGUGGUUGGAUAAGUGUAUUGGCAACUUUUCAAGGAGACUUUCUAAGUUGUGACCAAAUAGUGGCGCUGUCCUGUCCAGUGUCUAUUCCUGUGGCCAGGAAACUCCCCUCCCCCCUCUUAAGAUUUUUAAUUUGAGGAUUCCUAUGUCCAGUUUUGAAGCAAGAGACUUCUAUUCCAUUUUUAAUUCCUCUGCACUCACCAUGCUGAGUACAGUGCAGAGUAAUAAUUGAAUCACUUGAUUUCCUGAUCAUUGCAGUUACAUGGGACUUCCGGCCAAAGCAGCAGUUUUAAUAAUUUAAUAAAUGUACUCCUACACAUGCAGAACACGGCAGUGGGUGGUUGACCAAGAACACUGCGCAGUGGGAAACCAAGUUCUGGAAAUACAGAAUGGUAUUAGAUUUGUAUUUGGUUUGUUAAUUUUUUAUAUCACUGUUUUUCGCUGGUUUUUUUUUUUUUUGUGGACAAAUAAUAGUUGCUUUGCUGAAGUGUUUCAUCUGUUUUGAUUGCUCCCCCAAAGCUGUAGUCACAAGUGCAGGAGGCUGAACAAACCUACCAGGAUGCUGGUGGUGGCGGCUGAAUUCUGAGGCUCCACAUAGUUGGGAUUUGCCAAAUGCACGGGCAGGGAUUUGCUGUGUGGACCUGCAGAGGGGAGGAUUGGAAAGGCCCUCAAGAUAGGGCUGAUGUGCAGCAGUUCCAGGAUUUCCUAGGUCAAAAUAAUUUUAAAUUGAUUUUUGACAUGAGAUUUGCAUUUAGGAUCAAGAUUAAGAGAGGAGACUGAUCUGCUUCUUCAGUCCCAUUAGUAUAGCAGAAGGGCAUGAAGCUUCUGGGCUCCCUGCAGCACCUGAUUUAUUCACAAAGGAGAUGCAAUAUACUUAAAUAAAUUUAAAAUCUUUUAGGUGUAUAAAGAGUGUUUGUCUUAACGUAUUUCAACAAAAAGCAGAUAGUUGCACUUUUUUUGCACAUUGGAUUUAAUAAUUACCAUCAGUAGCAAACAGACCAUGUUUAACCAAUGUUAGGGAUCGUCAGUCCAAAUGUUCUGUUUUUGAAGUAUAUUUCAUCACUGGUCCUGGUUUUAGGAAGAAGUUGAUUGCCUCUCAUGCCGUAAAUCAGAAUUAUAAACUGUUUCAGAUCUGGUGUGCUAAAUGUUUGUUUUUACCAUUUUCUUAGGAGUAUAUUGAAAUGCCAACAGUUGUUUGAAUUAUAUUCUGUAAGAAAGUAUUAGUCCUUUACAUUGGGAUAUGUACAGUUGUAGAAAAUGCCAACUUAAAAUUCAUAUUUGGUUGCUAGGAGUUUUCCUAAAAUACAUUAAAGUAAUUUCAUUUCAUAGCUUGUUGCAUUAACACUUGUAGUUAUUGUGGGAGAACUUUACUUUUUAAAUUGGUAUAUAUGUUAUGCCCAGGAUUAUAGGAUGACGAUGCUACCUUUUCAAAAAAAAUAUUUAUUGGUAGUUUAAAGUUAAUUUAAUUUCUUGAAAGUCGUUUAUUCUGUACUAAGAAUAGUCCUGUCACUGUGUCUGUGUGCUGUUGCGGGAGGAGGCCUGACCAUUGCUUGGAUGACGGAGCUAAAGAUAAAGUUUUCUCUGACUCACAGUUUGGGAAGUUCAGUCCCUGGUCUGCUGUCCUCAGCAAAGGAAAAGUAAUCCAACCCCUACAAUGGCUACUUCAAACCAUAUUUUGGGCCUUCAUUUUAGAACAUAAAAAAGUACACUUCUGCCAUUCCUGUUUUCAUUUUUUAAUGUCAGUCUUCCCCACAUGCAGGUUUCCGCCAAAAUCUAUACUUUCCAUCCUGUCUUCGCCAUGGUUUUCAUAGCAUCGCAAGUGUUCGAUGUGAUGCUGACUCCUGUUAAAACUGCAGAUCGUGCUGGUACGCCAGAAAGAAACUUCAGUUUUCAUCACUCUGUAUUAUGUAUUCAUUUGUUUUGCAUAAGAAAUAUAUUUAUGUCAUGAUUUCUCCUGUUGGUACUGUGUGUUAGGAUGCAUGCUUUUUGGGUUUUGGUUGCAUCAAAGUCAGAACCCGGGAGCUGGUCCUGGUAAGUACCACUGCCUCUCUGCAUAUCCACUGGCUCUCCUUGUCCCCAGGCCAGGGCAGCCAUCAUGUCAGAUUCUUGGAGGGCACCUCCAUCACUGUAGGGAGAGAAUGCUGCAGUGUACUGACUACAGUGUAAGAAAGGAAAUUCUAAGUCAGCUGUAUCACCUUUUCGUGAUUACUUGUUCUGUCUGUGCCAAGAGAAUUCGUAAAGUUGAUACUAUGAUGUAUAACUUGCAUUGUGCUGACACUGAUUUAGGAAGUCUAAAAUUAGGGGAAUGCGUUACUAUAUCGGAUAACAGAGAUGGAGAUAAAAGUUUUCUUCAACUCACCGUUUGGGAAGUUCAGUCCAUGGUCUGUUGUCCUUAAUGUUUGGGGCUUGUGCCAGAAGCUCAUGGUAAAGCCAAUCAUCUGUCUCAUGGCCAAACAGCAAAACAGAAAUGGGCUCUUGUCAUCCCUGUGGAAGGGUCCCUCCCAGUUACAUGAAGACACACCCCUUCCUAGGCCCCACCUCUGGAGUCCAUGGCUUCCAGCAACACCACAGGCUGGAGCCAAGUGUCUAACAGGGGCACUCUGGGAGAUACUUAACCAAACUAGAGCAGGUAGUGUAGGUGCUAAUCUUGUGUUUGCCAAUUUUGAGCAAUUUGAAAUUACAAAAGCAGCCAUUAAGUAAGUUUAGUACUUUGCAUUUUGUUGGGAGAAAGUGAUGCAGAUGUGUGUAGUUUCUGGUUCAGUGUGCUGUAUAAGAUUAUCUGUAACUCCACUUGGAGUGUGGAAUUUGUUUACUCACUGUAAUGUGGUUGUUGGUGGUUAAUUUCUAGAGGAAUUGAGAGCAUCUAUCGUGUAAGUGUGAUAGAGCCACCAUAACAAGCAAGGGUUGUGGUGUGCGGUUCUGAGUCAGUAGGAGUUAGGGAGUCAGAGAGCACAUCUCUCUCAAGUCAGCCUGUAUU